AUGGGGCCGGGUUUUGUGAAACAUGUUGCAAGCCUUCAUGGCGUCCAAGUCAAGUCCCUGGAAGAACUAGUCAACUUCAACCGCCACCACCCCGAGCUAUCAUAUGCUGAACGCAAUGCCGCUCAAAGGUAUCUUGAGUCCGCAAUCAAUCAGCACCUUACUGAGGAAGAGUACCGUGCGGCGCUCCUGGAAGCCAAGGAGAUUGCCAUUGAUAACGGCAUCAUCGAAACACUCAACAAGUACAAACUGGACGCGCUUGUUCUACCUGCAUGGACGGAAAUGAGCAUAUAUGCAGCUUGGGCACAAGCACCGACUGGCACCGUGCCUCUUGGAAAGUACCGGCAAGGCAAGCCAUAUGGCUUAGGGUUUGUCGCACGCCGCUUCGACGAUGGCAAGCUGUUGCAGAUCAUGAAAUUAUACGAGUCCACAUUUCCCCCUCGUCUCAUCCCCGAGAGAAUGCGAUGGAGGAGAUGGGAGCGUAUAUUGCCUCGAAAGUAUCUGGGUAAAUUCUCAUAG